GUUCCGUUUCCGUUUGGAAUUUGACAUAUGUUUGACAUUUAACAUCUCUGACGUCCUUUUGCAAAUGGCUGUUCUCGUGUGAGAAACACUUUUCAGUUUGGAAAUUUGUUUACUCUUAAUUGAAGGAGUUUUCAAUAAUAUUUUUAUAUAAAAACCACUCGAUAUGUCCGAUAAUUGGGGGGACGAUGCUCCCGUAGCAGCACCACAAAAAAUAGCCGAAAUUCCCGAAAUAAAGCUUUUUGCUAAAUGGAACUGCGAUGAUGUUCAAGUAUCUGACAUGUCUCUCCAGGAUUAUAUAGCAGUCAAGGAAAAGAAUGCCAAGUAUUUGCCACAUUCUGCUGGUCGAUAUGCGGCAAAAAGAUUCCGCAAAGCUCAAUGCCCAAUUGUUGAAAGAUUGACCAAUUCUUUGAUGAUGCACGGUCGCAACAAUGGUAAAAAAUUAAUGGCAGUCCGCAUUGUAAAACACGCUUUUGAAAUUAUUCAUUUAUUAACUGGAGAAAACCCCUUACAGGUGUUAGUAACGGCCAUUAUUAAUUCGGGACCUCGUGAAGAUUCUACUCGUAUCGGUAGAGCGGGUACAGUAAGGAGACAGGCUGUGGACGUAUCGCCCUUAAGAAGAGUAAAUCAAGCCAUUUGGCUUCUUUGCACUGGCGCUCGUGAAGCAGCAUUCAGAAAUAUAAAAACUAUUGCUGAAUGUUUAGCUGAUGAACUAAUAAAUGCUGCUAAGGGUUCCUCCAACUCUUAUGCUAUCAAAAAGAAAGAUGAACUGGAACGUGUCGCUAAGUCUAACCGUUAAGUUGUAUAUUAAGAUACUCUGUAUGGAAUUACAGAUAAAUAAAAUUUUAUAAAUAUUUCA